UUUGGCAACCCGUUGACCAAGCCAUGUGUUAGCAGCAGAGUGCUAGCUGGCUAGUGUGCUCCUCUGGCUGCUUUUCUCUGGAUUAUCUGUGAUUGUUGGUCGGGCGGUGAAUCUGGAUGAUCUGAGGAACUGAUUCCUGUACUGAUACUAUUCUGAAAACUUUAUAAUAGAGGCAGAUCGUUCGCCAUUCUGGAAGAUGGCAACGAUUACAGUUCCGGAGAACGUUAGCGUCUUUCUGCUGGACAUAGAAGGAACCACGACCCCCAUCACAUUCGUGAAGGACGUUUUAUUUCCAUACAUCAGAGAGCAUCUGGAGGACUACCUGUCAGCGCACUGGGAGGAGGAUGAGUGCAAGCAGGACGUGCAUCUUCUAAAGAAACAGGCUGAAGAAGACUUAAAGCAGAACAGAGCGUGCCCAGUUCACACAGUGGAUCAGACGGUGCACACGGAUGAGGAGAAGGCUAUCCGGGAGGUUGUGGAUAAUGUCCUCUGGCAGAUGGCUGCAGACAGGAAAACCACUGCACUGAAGCAGUUGCAAGGCCACAUGUGGAGAGCAGCCUAUGCUGCAGGGAAGAUCAAAGGCGAAGUGUACCAAGACGUGGUUCCUGCUAUCAGAAGAUGGAGGCGGAAUGGUCUCAAAGUCUACAUCUACUCCUCAGGAAGUAUAGAAGCUCAGAAGCUGCUGUUCGGGUACUCGGUUGAAGGAGAUUUGUUAGAACUGUUUGAUGGUCACUUUGACACCAAUGUUGGCGCCAAAGUGGAGAGUAAAAGCUAUGAAAGGAUUGCGGAGAGGAUUGGCUGCUCACCAGAAGACAUUAUGUUCUUAACAGAUGUCACACGAGAGGCGAAGGCGGCUGAGGAUGCCAGGCUGAACGUGGUGGUGGUGGUGCGACCAGGCAACAUGGAGCUGACUGAGGAGGAGAGGAGCCAGUAUAGUACCAUUACGACGUUUAGCCAGCUGGAACUCGAUGGAAGUGCUUGACAGGUCUGGAAAGAAGAGUGUGUGUUUCUGCACUCCUUCUAGUGGACUUCAGGAGAACGGGAGGUGUGGCCCUACAGCGCUGGUGUAGCCCGUUUACUUGUGCUAAAUCAACAUGUUAUGCAGCAAGUACCAAGUGCAUUACAGUUGUACUGACUGAAAUUGUAAAAUUUUAACGUGCUUGCCUGUUUUUUUUUUUUUGUUCUGUUUUUACACAAAAAAUAUGUUGAAGUUUGUGUAUUAUAUUCCAUCAUUCUACCUGGAUGUGUCUGAUGCAGUAAAGUAGUGCUGAUGUAUUAAGUGUAAUUUAAGUUAAUGAUUAUGAAUGGGCACAUGGUUAAUGUUGUAUUUGCAACAGUGUUAGUUUGUCAGUAGCCAAUCAAAUGGUAGUACCUGCAUCUGUGUACUGUUAUCCUGUACUGUAACAUGUUACACACUUUUCCUACAAACAUAGGGACCAUGUGGAAUAAAACACAUGAUCUAAAACAUCAUUAUGAAGUAGCAAAACCAGUUUAUGAAGGUUGAUCAGUUCAAACUGAAGACAGUCAUUUUGUUUUGUCCCACCCAAAGAAGACAGGGUUUUGCCAAAAAACAGCUUUGAAGAAUAAUACACAAAAAUACACACUACAUACUGUGCAAUUCAAAAGUUUGGAAUAAUUUGUUAAUACAUCUCAUACAUUUUUUGUUUCGGUCACAUAACAAAUUAUACACUGUAGAUAGAUUUUUAGAAAUAUUUUAAGUUUAGAACGACAAAACUUUAAAAAAGGCUAAUAGUCUUUUUUAUCUCAAGAUUUCACUGUUACUAAAAUACACGCUUACAGGUAAAGGUGUUACAACAAUAGUAACUAGAAUAAAGGACCUUUUUUUUUUUUUUACACAUGCAAAGUAUUUAACUGUUUCUAAGUUACACAAGAGGUGAAAAAAGCCAGGAACAACAGAUGUUUCUGUGAUAUUAAGAGGUUGAAUCCACUUCUUUAAAGCUUUAAAUGGUUCUUUAUAAAAUGUUAUGUGGCAUCAAUCAAUCAGAAUUCUUAGUAGCAUCUUUCUUUAUUUUUAGAAGAGUAUUCCAGAUUAAUGCAUUUUGUAUGGUUAAUUUAAAAAAAAAAAACAUCCAUCUGUUCCUUGUUCUGGAUUCUUAAAAUGUCUUAAUACCGUUCCUACUAAUGCUCUGAAAUCUGAAAAGUGCACAAGACAUGCUAGUGUACAAGACCAUAUUAGUCAUUUUAUUAAAUAGUGUUUUUUUUUUAUAACCAGACAGAUUACAUUUUUGUGAGAACACCCAUUCCAAACUUUUGAAUGUAUGUGUAUGUAUUGUGAAAAUGAAUUUGUGUGAAUUACGCUACUCUCAAAAAACAAAGAUGGGCUGAACUGACUAAUGUAGCAACUCAUGUAAAUAUAGUAGUUGCUGUGAUGUAAAAACCUUGUAUCUCCAAUAGUGUUCAGACUUACUCACAAGAUAACACCUCCCAACUCAUACAGCCAUUACCUGAGGUAACACUUCAUGAGUUUUUUUAUGAACUGGUUUCCCAUGACUUUUGGCCUGUCAGUGUAUUGGACACAAUGUGUAAACAGCAAAAGUGAAAACAGCAAAAAAUGGAGAUACAAAUUUUGCAUGACAGUGACGAUAUGCUGUGAUUUUUUUAUAUAAACAGUCCCAUAUUUUAGCUUUGGACUUCAGACUGGGGAACACUCUUCAGCUCUUUUAAAAGACAACGCUACCUACGUUUAACAGAGUGCAGCUUUAAUGAAACACAGUCCAAAACUUUGUUGAAAAACACUGUAAAUGCUUAUUAAUGACUGAUAUAUUUCCAAAAUGUUAGGAAUGAACUUUUUCUUUUUCUCUAGAUAUAAAGUGUGUCGUUUGUGGAAACAGUUAGGAUUGUUUAAUACUCUUCACUGAAAAGUGAGUUAAAGUUUCUGACAUACAGAAUUCAAUACACAGUACAGAACCUA